UGGAUCUUAGGUUCUUUUAAAAAAGUAACAGAACACACCAAACCAAACCCUAGUUUAGUGUUAGUGUUCUUCCACCCCCGUACCGUCUCUGCCUCUCUGCAAUCCACAGCCGAAAAUGCCUUUCAAGAGGUACGUUGAGAUCGGGAGGGUUGCUCAAAUCAACUACGGCAAGGAAUAUGGCAGGCUCGUCGUCAUCGUCGACGUCAUUGACCAGAACAGAGCACUUGUCGAUGCCCCUGAUAUGGUGAGGUCCCAAGUCAAUUUCAAAAGGCUUUCCCUUACCGACAUCAAGAUUGACAUCAAGAGGGUCCCUAAGAAGAAAGAUCUUGUCAAAGCCAUGGAGGAUGCUGAUGUUAAGAACAAGUGGGAGAAGAGUUCAUGGGGUAGAAAACUCAUUGUUAGAAAGAGAAGGGCAUCCCUCAAUGAUUUUGAUAGGUUCAAGAUAAUGUUAGCCAAGAUCAAGAGGGCAGCGGUUGUAAGGCAAGAGCUUGCUAAGCUGAAGAAGAGCGCUUAGGCAUAACUUCACAUUAUAGUCUUCAAAUUUUAGUUAUGAAUUUGCUUGCCUUGGUUGUUAUGAGAUUUCAAGUAUCAUCAUUGAACCACGUUUGGUUUACUGUUAGGGAUUUAUGUCAGUACUCCAAGUUUCAAUACUUUGCAUUUUCUUGCAGAUUUUAUAAUAUUAUUUUCAAUAUUAACUUAUAUUCCCAGAGGUUGCAAGUGAGAGUUGCAAUUGGUUUUUUCCCCAUAAUUUUAUAUUUAUUAAGUA